UCCCAUGGGAAUUACGAAACUUUGCGUUGCUCCCAUAUGUAAUCUUUUAUUUUGGCAAUCACUCCAUCAGUGGUCGCAGCACGUGAUGUCUAGAAAUAUCAAUCCCACGCUUCUCCCUUGCUGUAACGUCCCCCCCCCCUCACACACACACACAACUAUAACCGCCCAGCCCUCUGGCCAGCACAUACAAAUCGCCCUCCCGCUCACAGCUCAGCUCAUCUUGUCUCGUUGUCUCCCGGCUUGCUGGCUGCCGCCCCGUAUCACCCCUCCUGCAAAAAGCCAAAAUGGGUUUCUCCAGGCUCUGGGCCGUGCUCGCUGCGGUCUCCCUCUGCUGCUGCGCCGUGCCCUCGUUUGCAUCAUGCAAGGACGAGACGCGUCAAGACGAGUCGCCUGGCUUCGUGUUUCGAAUGACGAAAGCCGCCACUAAUUUUCUGAAUCAGGAGAGCAUCGAGGUGAUCCAAGCGGUCCUCAAGAACACCACGUUCCCCAGCGUGCAAGACAACUCUCCUAUUCCCUUCAUCGGCACCGUCUACUACUCCCUCACCGAUCUCCGCAUCACCAACACCGCGGUGGCAAAGAGCGAGAUCGUGCUGCUGGAAGGCUACGGGUUGUCGUUCCACGGCAAGGACAUCGAGAUCGUGGUGCAGGGGAAAGUCUCCUACGAGUACCGCUCCUGGCUAACUUCGUACGUGUCGAAUAGGACCAUACUGUUCACCGUCUAUACCAAAACAUCGCUCAACAUCACCUCCCGCGUCUCUUCCUCCAAUGGGACGUUCUUGAUCGAACCGCCCUCGUGCCAUCUGCACAUCGACGAUCUGCAGUUACGCCUCGCCAAAAACGAAAACCUCGGCAUCCAGUUCCUGGGGGACAUGUUGACCAUCCCCAUCCGCCAGCUGCUCCGCAUCCAGGUUUGCAGUGAACUUCGAAAUGUCGGCAAAGAGCUCUCUUUUCGGUUGCAAGAGCAAACAGACAAACUGACCCUGGACGACAGGAACGCGCUGGACGUGUCGCUCUUAUCAUGUCCCCUCAUAACGAAGGACUACAUCGAGACGCGGCACAAGGGCUGGAUGAUCCACAGAGGCGAGGUUCUGGGGCGGAACGGCAGCAGCCUGUGGGCGCCGCUCGACUCGGUGCCCACGGAGCGCAUGAUGGGCAUGCGCAUCGCCGACAGCGUCCUCGAGUCUCUGGCUCACGCGUUCUUCCAGGAGAACCUCCUCAAGAACUUCACCUGGGACGACGUGGAGGAGGUCUUUGGUUCAACAUCAGAUACGACUGGAUUUUUGGAGUUCUGCAAAAAGGUGCUGGUCCGAACAGGAGGGAAGGACAGUCUGGAGCAGACCCUGCUCAUUGUGAGUAGCCCCCGGCCGCCCAAGCUGUCGUGCGAGCCGUCGGGCAUCCACCUGUCCAGCACCAUCAAGGUGGACGUCACCCAGGACGGGGGGCCCGUCCUGUUCAGCAUACAGCUGUUCAUCAAGACGAUCUCCUCUGCGCACGCCAUCACCGAGGGUAGGAGUAUCAACGGAACCGUGGACACGUUCCGGGUCAAGAGCGUGGACACGAGCAUCCUGACGCCCGAGGAGCUGGCCACUUUCCCAAAACUUUUGAGGAAUUACGUGAAGACCGUAGCGCAGGAGGUCGUGUUGGAGCGGUUCGAACGGGAGGUUUUAGACUCCGUAAACCACAACGGCAUGGACGGCAUAUUGCUCGUCGACCCGGUCUUCAACACUCAGCACGGUUACCUGCAGCUGGAGACGAACAUCUCCAUUGAGGAUCACUUCUUUGCGAGGAUCAUCAAACAGAAGAUUUACGGCUGAGCCUGUCGGAGGAGGUCGCGUGUUGAUAUCCCGGGCAGCAUAAGAUCUCAGAAGCUAAGCAGGGGGUUGAUACUUGGAUGGGAGACUGCCUGGCCAAUACCAGGCAUUAUAGCCGCUGGCUACAAGGUUGCCAUGAAGUGGCAGUACAGCAAUUGAAUUAUCGAAUCUUCUCGUACGGAUCUUUGAUUGUUAUCCCCCUCGAACACGCGGGCUUUCUCAAGGCACUCCGAUUAUCUCGGCGCACAACGCCAAACACUCAUUCGUGGCGUGUGCCAAACAAACCCAACGCGACUCUCUCGAGACUCAUUUGGGGUUCUCCUGGGUGAAUCGACGCCUCACACACACAUCACGUGACUGUGUACAAAGUGUCAUUUCCUCUUAAAAUAAGUCGUUGACAGCGUAGUGUCUUUCAACAUAAUCGUUUAUUAUAAUUCAACCCUCUGUGUAUUUUUCAGUGUACAUAUAUAUGACAACAGGUUAAAGUGAUAUAAGAAUAUAUAUAUCACUGGCACAGUUAUAAAACGCAUUAAAUAUAGUAUAACAGAUAUGCCAUUGCGCUCGGGUUAGUUGCAAAAGCAUGCAGGAUCAGAUUCGUAUGAGCUUUAAAUAUUACUACGGUAAUUAUGAACACUUAACAAAGCACAAAAACAAUAUUUAACAUGCAACGGACAUUCCCUUUUUAAUGACAAUAACUUAUAUUGCACCUCUUUACAGUCCAUUUAAAGUUCCAGUGUAGGCAGCUUUUGGAGGCUGCUCCCUCCCUAUGGUCCGGUGGCCCAGAGUUGGGUUUUUUUUUUUUUGGGGGGGGGGGGGGGGGUCAACCAUUGCCAUCCCUGAGCAAGGCCACGCAGAAGAAACCAAACUGCAGUCAUCGGCCACUUUCGUUCCGAGUCGUCCCGCUCAGACUACGCCGCGCGCUUCUCAAUUUCGCCGCAGUUUGUUCUCCGGUGUACGUUUCAAAAUUGUCAUUCACGUGCCAAGAUAUGCAAUUAAAUAAUUGUGACCACUCCUCCUCCUCCCGCCACACCACCCCCCCCCGUCUCCGCCCACGCUCGCGACUGGUCCCCGUGGUCUUGCCGUGCCCCUCUGGGGACACGCGCGACACCUCCGAGUGCUGGUAAACCGGUUGCUUCCACCUCCGGGGCGAGCGGGGGGAAUGUGGCAUCGCUCGAGUCGACGACGAUUGAGUCGGCGACAAAGAGAAACGCAUUUAGGUUUUCACAGCGGUGGUUUUCUUUUGUUAUUUUGUCUUCUUUAUUUAAAUGGCAUUUCCGAUUGAAGUUCGGUUUAGAUCCGCGUCGCCAAGCGGUAAAUUAAGGUGGCAAUUAUGCUCAUGGUGGAAAUUACACCAGUUUGGUUUUCAGUCAGCUUCGUAAAAAUACGUACAGGUUUUGUUUUUUUUUUGCGGCGAGGGUAGGGUUGGGUGGGGGGGGGAAUUUAUCACCAAUUAUAUUGCAACUGUGCUGUUGGAAUGUAACCACGGGGGCAAAUCAACAUUGCAAAGGGGAAACCCCCCCCCCCUCCUUCAGUGGGCAGAGCCUCGCUCCCGUCGGGAAGUGGCUGGCUGCAAAAGUUCACGCCAUGGAACGACUUCUCAAGUCACUUCAAUUCGAGGCCCCUUUGCGAUCUGUAAAGAGCGGUCCAAUGAAUGCCAUUCAUUGGAUGGCACGGUAUUUACAAUGUGUAGUCCUCCGCGGCAGGGUGAGAGGGAACCUCGUUUUGUCCCACGGUAUUCUUUUUUUUUGGUGCAGUCAUUGCGGUGCCGCCCUCGGCCGAGACCAUCAACUCGAUGUACGCUGGAAUCCUCGGCUUAUUCAAACGUGGCUGCAACUUGCCCGCAUUUAAAGCCAGGGGGAGACCCCCGGCAGUUUUGCGUCAGUUCUCGAGACACGGCCCAGCCGUUGUUACGAGGCCUGUGAGCCACCUGGCCAUCGUUCAGAGUGCUGUUUUGCGCGAGUGUGAUAGAGGUACACACAACAUACCGACUCCUGUGUUUAAACACCAUGGGGGGCGGGGGGGGUUGGUGGCAACCCGGUGGUUUGAGCACCACGCUAUGAACCCAGAGACCGGAGAUAAAUUCCCAGCCGCGGUGAGUGCCGCAUGAUCUGGCCCUGGGAACCCACGCACACUGCUGAGCGCGGUGAAGUAUGGUCAAACAACGGUCACGGCCCGCCAGGGCGAGAUCUUCACGACACAACGGUGGAGCGACAUAGGGCAGUAAGUAAAAAAAAAGUAAACACCACAGCGAGAGGGAUGUUUCACAAGAGAAGAGUCAAAGCUGGGGGAAUUUUUACGUGAAACGAUGCUCAAAUAUUUACUAUAAAACUUAUUUUUUUAUGUUACCAGGUCAGGCCCACCGGGCUAUGUAGCUCUUUUUCGGAGGCGACCUGGUGACAAGUGACAGCUCAACCAAUCGGCUCAUCUUGUGGAAAUCUGUAGCAGCCAAAUACUCGAACCGGAGCACCCGGAGAAAAAUCCACAAGACCACGGGGAGAACAUGCAAACUCCACAAUGUACAGGCAUCAGUGUCAAGAUCGAACCCACAAACUCCUGUACACUGGGCGAGGUAGUUAACAUCUCAGCACCGGUGGCACCUCCGUUUUCUCUCAUGCCAUCUCGGGAGACUCUACAAUUCAAAUGCACCCACUUAGCGCGAUGCCAGCCGCACGCAUGGUGCGUUUCAUCAUUUGGUAGCACUCACUGAACACGGCUGCACACAGAUAGCCCCGGGGUGUUCCGCGCACGUACGAGGCACUGGCACUUAAUAUAUCGCCGUCCGGAUAUAAAUACAUCCGGAUCGAGAGCGUCGGUGUGCAGUGCAUACCGCUGUCGUAGGCCACUGCCCAGUCACUGCACCCAGACGAACAUCAGAAUGCGAUGGAACAAAAAAAAUUAUAAAAUAAAAUAGGACGGUUAUAUUUCCUGUCGCUGAGACGAUAAGAAAAUCUUGACAUUUCUGCCAUCUGGUGUUUCUCUCAGAGAAAAAAAUGGGGAAAAUAAGAGUUUGAGCCUCGUCGAUGCGUUUAAACAAAAUCAGGAAUCUGCCGAUGCGGUAACAUUUGAACUAAUCAUCAGUUACCCUGUGAUUAUUAGGCUGUGGGAAAAGGAAGCCACUGUUCUGGAGUAUUAAGGCUGAAUUGUCCACGAUAUCAGGAGAAUGUUUUUCAGGCCACAUUUAGAAAUCAGAGGAAGUUCUUUUGCAGUGACUCACUGAGAUUUAUCAGAAUAGGCAAUUACAUCUAGUGGACGGGAUGGAAGGCGUCUCAAAGACGCGUCGGCGAACAGACGCAAGUGGAGAGACACGUGCAAGUAGAUAUCAGUGAAGAAAGAGGCCAUGCCCCACCAGCGCAAUAGGCCCAGGGACCAGAAGAAAUUUUGUCCAGGGUUUGAUCACAGAUCUAUUGUUGGAACAAGUAAAAGUAGACAAUUUUUUUUGGCACGUGCGAUGCUGAAAAUGUAGCCUCGGAUAAUGUUUUCAUUAAAAAUAGUACAAUGACUGAAGUUUGUGGGAAUGAAUGCGGAA